AUGCCUCUAUCUGUUGGUUCCAAUGAGCCGGAGGACGAUAAGAUUCCAUCAAUCUACGGCAGAACUUUGGUGUUCGAGCAUCCGUUCGCUUAUCAGCUGUUGAAUCCACAGACGGAGAGCUUUUGCUCGCACUGCUUGCGUUCGGCAGUUAAGCAAGAGCCACUCGGCAAGUGCGCUGCGUGCGACUUCGUGCGCUACUGCAGCAAGGACUGCCAGCGUCUGGCAUGGAAGACACAUCGACCAGAGUGUCGACGUCUGAAGGCGGUGUUUCCCAACCUACCACUUACCGAAGUGCUGUUCUUGUCGAAAAUUAUCGAUCGGAUUGUGUAUCUGACGUUGAACGGUGAUCAAUAUGGCUGGGAACGAGACCGGAAGUUCUCAUCACUGAUGGAUCAUAAAGAUGAUAUACGGGCUGACAGCGCUAAGAUGGAGCAUUUUAAAAAAAUCCACAAGAAAAUGGAAAUUUUCCGGAAAGAAGAAAUGAUCGAAAAAGAGGAGUUCUUCGACAUAUUUUGCAAGGCGUCAAUCAAUUCGCAUAGCAUUCACACGAACGCCGGGACAGAGAUCGGCAUGGCUCUUGACCUCGGCAUCUCCAAAUAUAACCAUUCGUGUCGACCGACGUGUACAAUGGUGUUUGAUGGCUUCAGGGCUUGUCUUCGACCGUUGGUGCCUGGUGUGGACGCGACAGAUGUGACGAAGGCCUUCAUUGCAUAUGUGGAUGUUGGCCGAAGCAAAUACGUUCGACGAAAGGACUUGAAGGCGAAGUGGUACUUCGACUGCCAGUGCUGCCGCUGCACAGAUCCGGCAGACGAUGCGCUGACGGCGAUCCGAUGCUCCACUGCCGGAUGCGAAGAGCCGUUGAUCACGACUGAAACGGCCGAGUCCAGUUGCAUAAAGUGCGCAAGAUGUGGCCAGGUGACUGAUGAAAACGUGGUCCGCGAAGCGCAGGAGCUGAUGAGGAACCUCCCGAUCUCGUUCGAUCCCUCCUGCUCAGCCGAGACGCUGCGUGAUCUGCUAGCAAAGGCAGAAGGUCUGCUUCAUCCGAGCAACGUCUACGUGUGUCGGCUUCGCACCGCACUGUUCCAUGUGAACGGGUCGCUGGAGACGAACAUGGGCUCCAUGCACAAACAGAUCUAUGAGAACUACAAACUAUGCUUUCCGAAGGCCGAUCGCCAUGUUGGUUACCAACUUCUUCACAUUGUUAAGGAUCUCAUUGUAAAGGGUGAAAGAUCUGAGGUAGCUGUCAAUGUUGGUGGUAGUAUUAAUAUUUAUGAACAAAAUGAAUUUAAAUACUAUGCCUUUGAAGCGAUGAAGAUCUUCGAGGUGUGCUUCGGUCUUGAUCAUCCCUAUUACCUACAGACGCUGGCGCUUUGGACCUACCUAGAAGCGAAAGCUGACAAAACCGACGACGAACUAAUCUCCCUUACUCAUUUCACCGACAAUCGGCCCGUCGACAUUCUGAAACUGCUCCAGAAAGCGAACAUGCUGCCUCCACCAUUUUCUUGGGUGACGGUCCUAAAAUAA